AUGCUUGUGAUGAUACUAAUUACCACAUUGGCAUCUGUGGUGGUAUCGUACUUGGUAGCUCAAGCAUUUGGUUUAAUCGGAAGGAGAGUGUUCUCACUAGAUGCAAAAGUGGUUGUCAUUACGGGCGCAGGAAGCGGCAUUGGAAGAAAAUUAGCUCAGAAAAUAUUUAGAGAAGCCACAGACGUGACAUUGGCGUUAUUGGACAUUAAUAUUAAUGCCUUACAGACACUCGAGAAGGAUUUACUACAGUCACAAGACGGUGAAAAGCUUAAUAAAGUGCUAAUCUAUAAAUGCGACGUAGCAGAUUAUCGAAUGGUUGAGACUAUCAUGGCUCGUGUGAUUAUUGAUGUGACACCAAAACACAUUGGGGUACUUAUAAACAAUGCAGGAAUCGUGAUGGGAAAGUCGCUCGAAGAUUUGACCCCUGAGCAAAUUCAAGCGACAUUUGCUGUGAAUACAAUGGCACAUUUUUGGACGGUAAAAGCGGCUCUUCCGUCGAUGAAAAAAGCUUCAGAAGCGCUCUUAGUGACGCUGUCAUCCGUGAUGGGAUUGACUAGCAGUGCUGGAUUAACUGAUUACUGCGCGAGCAAAGCUGCUGUGAAUGCGUUUCACGAAGCAUUGCGUUUGGAAUUAUGGCGUGACAAUAUCAAGUCGAUUCGGACGCUGCUAGUGUGUCCAGCUGCUGUAGAUACGGGAAUGUUUGCAGGGGUUCGUAAUACAGAUGAUUGGGCUCUUAAGAUCUCGCGCUUUUGCAUUCCUAUGCUGUCAGAGGCUGAAGUUACUGAAACAAUCUAUCACGCUAUGUGUCGAGAUGACGAGCUUUUAGUGUCGUGCUUUUCGGGAUGGAGGGGUCUUGUCUUAUCAUGGGCCCCAACUAUUGCUCGUGUUUUGCCGGUUCCUAUCUUUGACUUCGUUGUUCGCUUGGGUGGAGGUUUACACGGCAUGGACACGUUUGUCGGACACAACGGCACUACUGGACAAGAUGAAACAUAG